AUGCAGUGAAAGUUACGAAAUUUGAAGAGAUGUCUUUUGAAGAAACGAUGAGCGUUGGGGGAAGUGAUGAAGUGAGGGCGUUGGAGUAUGGUGACGUGAGUAUGACCAAUGAGUCAUCUGACUCAGAAAGGACAAAGGAGGGGGUAGGAAGAAGUGAGAUGACUAAGGUUGAGGGAGAUAGGGUUCCUAUAACCGUAGUAGAAGUGGAGGGUAGGAAUGAAAGAUGUUAUGAUGUUGACGCAGAUAUUGUGUUUGAGGUAAGCCAAUAUGAGUUUGAAUUCGGAACAAGGGAUAGCCUAGGUUAUUUAAUUGAAAGUUAUGAAAUUUCUUCCCGAAUUCUGAUUAGGCCUGCUAGGGUAGAGAAGAGGGCAUGUUCUGCACCUUGGGAUCAUUGGAUGCCCAUGUAUGCUCAUUAUUUGGCAACUGAACUUAGGUUUCCAAUUCCUGAGCUGCUAGUGGGGUUAUUAUUAGAUUAUAGCAUAGGGUUGACACAAUUAGCCCCCAAUACUAUGAGGGGGGGUAGUAGAAAGGACAAGGGGUGGUAUUAUUUCACCCCUAAAGUGUCGAAUAAGGAGAGUAGGAGUUUAUUUACAACGAGUCCUUCAUCCAUUAAAGGAUGGAAAGAGAAAUUUUUCUUUGUGGAUGACACUGAGUGGGAGAGGGGGGAUGCGGAGGUAGAGCUAUUGUCAUCUUGGAAGGCUAAGAAAGCCAACCAAAAUAAAUAUAGUUUAAAUAAGGAUGAGGAGGAAGAGGUGGGGAAGUUGGUGAGGGAGAGGGGUAAUUUAGUAAAUAUAAUGUACCUCACCAGCGCGAAUUGUAUAAAGGCUACUGAGCUCUAUGGGCCAAGUGCUUUGAGUGAAGGGAAGGAGUUAGUGCCUAGCACCUCAACUAGAGUUCAGGAGGUGGGGCCUAGGCCGGAGCUGAAGAGGAAAGGUAGUGAGGAGUCGGGAGCACUACAGAAAAAGAAGAAAGUGGUGGAGCAGGAGGUUGGGGGGAACGAGAUUCUACAGUUCAUACUUCGGCCUCCUCCUGUUGAGCUCGAUCCUGAGCUCAAGGAGUCUGAGGUUGAGGGGGCUAAGGUAAGGGACCCUGGUAAAGGGAAAGGCCUCGUUCCCCCUUUGUCCUUUCAAAGCAGCCUCUUUGAUGCGAAAAACGCAACAAGGGCAAGAAGGUUUAUUAAUGCAACCUUCCCCGAAGUGGACAAGCAUCAAGCUAGGGAAGAGGUGCUGAGGUACGCUGGGGCGACUGUGGCGAAGCACACUCUGGAGGCAAACCGGGGGAAAGCCCAAACCCAAAAAGUUGGGGAAAAGGAAGAAGCAUACUACCCUCCAAAAAAAGCAGGAGGAACAGCAGAAAAAAAAGAACGACCAGGAAAAGAAGAAGAAGAACAACAAGCAGGAGGUGCAGGAGGAGGUACCAACAGUAAAGAAGCAGAAGCAGGAAAAGAAGGAUCCGAGGACUAAGAACCUCAUGGAAGAAAAAAAAAAAAAAAAC